AUGGGAUACGCCCCUGCUGCGUAUUCCUCAGAAGCAUAUAUCUCAUUACGCCAAUCCUGAUUGGCUGGUGAUCGCGACGUCUGCGUCACUCCUCCUAUAAGUAGCCUUGCGCUACGACGCUACGUCAUUCAAAAACCUCUUCUCGCUUCGAGGCACAUCUCAAGAGCAGUCUAGCUUAACGGUCCACGGUCGGGGUACUUAAGCUAACCCCCUUGACAACGGGCGCUAGCUGCUACCGCUCCAGCCUUCACCAUAGUCUGGAGCACGGUUCGCCAAUAUUAGCACGCCAGCUAAUAUCCGUUCUGAUCUGUCACACCAGUCAGCUCAGAUUUUCAUUUCGGCUAGCACACCAGCUACCGAAAUGAAUCCUGCUUCUCCUCACACCAGUGGAGGCGGCAGCGCGGAGGCUCGCAUCUGUGGCUGCGGGAACAAAAUUUCGAGCAAGGACCCACACCAGGUGUGCUCGCAAUGUCUGGGGCUGGAACAUGCCCGCCUGGCGGUGGAAGCCCCAGGCUCAUGUGCGGACUGUUCCCGCUUCACUAUGAAGACCCUCCGGAGACGGCUAGCGCGCCAAGCUAGCCUCUCCGGCAAAGACCCGUGUCUGUCUUCGUGUGGGCCGCCGCCCAACGACGACGACAGGGUCGAAGAAGACGUCACCCACGGACCAGACGCCGCGGCCAGCUGGGGUUCCCAGGCAGAUUUGGCCACGGCGCUCUCGCCCGCGGAAGACGUCUUGGUGCUGGAUUACGAGGAUGAAGAUGACGCCAUCUCGGAGCUCCUCAUUUCAGAGGAAGACGACGAGGAUGACGGAUUUUUCAUCCCGAGCCCGCAGGCUGCAAAGCCGUGCGCGCCGUCGGUUACCCGGGAGGGCGGGGAGAGUGCGGCAGCCUCUCCCGCCAUGAACCUGGACAUGCAGUCAGUGUGCAAACGCGCUGCAUCCAGACUCAACAUCCCAUGGCCUGAAAUCGUAGCGGAGACCUCCAGUGGUGGGCUCGUUUUCUCCAAUUAUUCUCACAGCCUUCUCUCCGCCUCCCUUUUCCUCUUCAGAGGAACAGCGGCUGAACAAGCUUUGUCCCGUCCGGGCCCUACGGGCCUACGUGGACAGGACUAGCGGUUUCCGAAGGAGUGAUCAGCUCUUUGUGUCCUGGGCAAAGCCUUUUAAGGGCAAGCCCAUCUCUAAACAGCGGCUCUCCCACUGGAUUGUGGGGGCAAUUGCGCUGUCUUAUACAAGCCAGGGUCUCCAGGCCCCGGGUGGUCUACGGGCCCACUCCACUAGGGGCUUGGCGACGUCCUGGGCCCUCUUUAGGGGAGUGCCCAUUCAGGACAUAUGUGCAGCAGCGAGUUGGUCUUCACCGCUCGCUUUUGCUCGGUUCUAUAAACUGGAUGUCUCAGUUCCUAGUGUGGCCUCAGCUGUUUUGGACUCUGAGGCAUUACUGGGGCAGGCACAUCCUAGUGCUGGGGGUCGCUAGAGAUAAGAAGUCUGGCAAUA